UGUGCGCUCUGCGAGUGGGUUCCGCUCAGAGCGGUUGGUUUGGUUGAACGUUUCAGUCUGUCCAACGACUCGUCAUCGUUCGGUGUUGUAUCGUCACGGUGGGCACAGGUGCCUUGUGCAUUUACCUGUGUAUACGUCGUAUCGCCUUUGCCCAGGGGCUUUCCUGUUAUUCCGAUCCACGCGAAAUAGAUCAUUUUUCGAUCGUUUUGCUGUAUAUAUGUACUUGACACGUAACCGAGGGUAUAAAAGUUAGGAUUUUUUUUUUUUUUUUUUCUCUUGUGUGUGCUCAAGGAGGUGUUCGCUAAGGUGGUUAUUAUUGUUGGUUAUUAGAUUUGUUUGUUUCAACUGAAAAUAAUAUAAAAAAAAAAAAAAACAAAAAAAAAAACCUCGGUCAGUUUUGGAUUGUAAAAGGAUUACCACACAAAGUUACCUGAACGCCAACGAAACGACAUCGGCUCAAGGAUAACCCUCUUCGAGUAUGGUGAGCUCCCGGUCCCAAUCGAGUACGUCAGCUGUGGAUUCCAGGAGCGAACUUCCCUACAGGAACUACUAUUCAACGAGCGAACUUCCGGGGGAGGGGGGUGCGGGCACCAACAGCGGACCGGCAUCCCUUUCCAUGUCCGUUGAUAUUCACAACCUGGAGAGAUCGUCUUCGACUCCCGUGGUACGACCUUGUCCGCCGAGUCCGGAUCCCGAGGGGCCUCCGGACGACGUUGUUCUCGGUGCCAUCGGCAAAAGCGACCCCGAGGAGGAGGAGGAAAGCUACGAGGGCUUCGGAUACGGGGACGGAGACUCGCCGGGAAGUUCCGCACCCUCGCCAACGAGGUCCAAUCCCCCACGAGACGCAAGAAGUCCUCCAUGCAACAUUGGCAGGAACUCUUGGCUGAGGACGUCGUUGAGACGAACUCCACCUAGCCAUAUGCAGGAAGAAGGCCUACCGAAUAGGCGCUGGGGCUCCUUCAGACAUUCUGGGAACAAGAGGCUCAGCUCCAACGCUCAGGCCAGUCAACUAUUUCGAAGCAGUAGUUUCAACAGUUCUGGUAGAGGAUCGACAUGCGAUACGGCGGAUGAAAUUUAUAGCGACGUAUCUUUGGAAGAUGACUUCCUAGGUCUCAGUCACAAGGUUCAAUUACUUCAAGAGAAAAUGGACGCUUUGUCGGACACCCGUAACGCUGGAGAAGAAAGAUACGCCAGGGCGAAACAGGAAAAUGCAACCCUUCAAGCUAGGGUACUCAUGCUUGAAGAAGCGCAACGUGACGCGGAGACCAGGGCCGAAGAAAGACUCCAGGCCGAACAGCGAAGACACAGAGAGUGGGCCGGACGUUUGGAGCGCGAGCGUCAGUUGCAGCUUGAAAAUUAUGCGAUAAGAUUGCAGGCCGCCGAAGUUGAGAGCACGAAUCUCCGGGACGAAUCCGUUCGGUUACGAGAGCAGCUGGAGAAAGCACGCGCGGACAGGACCAGUCUUCAGGAAGCGGUGGAAGAUGCGCGCCGAGAUGCUCAGGAGGCCCAAGAAGCCGAACGAAAAGCCAUCGCGAGAGCGAACGAAGCUCAAUCCCUUUUAGAGGCAGCCCGCGAAGAACUAAUCGCCAGGACAGAGGACCAAAAUCGACUCGAGGAGCUCGUCCAGGAGGUGACGCGACUCAGAGCUAGAAACAAAAGCCUGGAAGAAUGUCGCGACGAACUUCAGGCGGCGGCAGCCCUGCAGGUCGGUCGUGAACUUUUGAUGCUGAAUCCCUGUACCAGGGAGAAUCUCAACGCCGAAGCAAGCCUGGCGGCUGAACUACGGGAAGGGAUGAGUCAAGAUCAGACGGACGGACAGUCGCACGCUGAACAAGGCGAGCCCUGCACUGUUUCCGAGAUGAAACAGGCCCUAAAAGAGCAGCAGGAAGUAAAUGCCCAACUGAGAGCGUAUAUCGAUGGAAUAUUAUUAAAUAUUGUUGAAAAUUAUCCGCAAUUGUUAGAAGUUAAGCACUAGCGCGUCUCCUAGUCCCUAUACCAUUUGCCCAUUCAUCUCAUCUCAUCUCAUUUCCACUCCCGACAAAAGAAAAAAAACAUCCCCUACCGCCGAUCUGAUCCCUCGAAAAUCCUACAUCUUUAAACUUUAAUUAAAGUAUAAUUUAUGUAAUUUAUUUGAUCGCGUGAAUUCGUAGCUAAGAUAUUAUCCCAUAUAAAUGAAUGUUUCGAGCGUGAUAUCCGUCCACACGAGCGCGGAAUAUACCGAAUUGUCAUAAUUAAAACUGUAAGAUGAUUUGAGGAAAAAAAAAAAACCAGAGAAAUAGUGAGAAUAUAUAAAUAUAUUAUGUACAUGCAACCUACUUCCAUUUAUUUUUGCGAUUAUUGAAAUAUGUACGUACAUACUUUUGUAUUUGUACAUCUGAAAUCUAUACACGGUGAUAUACGUUAAUUGAACUUUGAUCGAACGAAAAAUGAUUGGAUCACAUUAUAAGUAACGAUAGUAAUAGCGAUAAUAAAAUAAUAAUCCAAAACUUUUGCCCUGUUAUAAGAAUUAUAGAGGAAAUUCUUUUUAUAUGCAUGUUAUGAAAAUCUAAUGUUAUUGUAUGUGUAUAAUGUAUAGUUAUCAAUGAAGAGGUAUAUGCCACCAAUAAUUAAAUAUCUUUUUAUAUCGCCGCGUUAAUUUUUAUUUCGAUUUAACCGAAGGACUGACGAAACCUCCGUAUAGUUUUAUCGUAAAUAAAAAGAAGAACAAAUUUUCAAUAAUUGAACCGUCACGUUUAAAAUACUAUGCAGAACCCAGAACACUAUCUAUUUUACAUGGAUGAAUAACUAAACAUAUACAUAUGUGUCUAUAUGUAACUGUGAUUAGACAGGGUUUUCGUGUGCGGCUACGAUCAUCAUCUUACUAUAGCACGUUACUUAAUGUCAAUAAUUUAGUGAAUAUAGUUUAUGGUGUAUUAAAGUUAGUAUUAAUAACGUUACGAAUAUAUUUUCUUAUCAUCCGCAUCGUUUCCUCGUAUUGAAAGUAAAAAAAUAAUAAGAAAAAAAAAUAAGAACGUAAGUUGAAUGCAAAAGAUAGAAUAAAAAUUUAAAUACGUAUGCUGCAGUAUCCUGUGUAAAAUUAAGAGAAAAAAAAAAAUUAUUUGAAACAUUAUUCGCAGCAUGUGAUAAAUGAUUUCAAUUCAAUCUGCAGUUGUAUAAAUUGCCAUACCGAAAUUAAUUUUUUAUUUUCAAAUCUUUUAAUUGUCAAAUUACCAGCAUCUCUCCAGCCCUGUUCAGAUUUACUUGUUAUGAAUAGGUUUCAAAAAAUAUUUUCGAUGAAUUGGGAAUGAUGCAAUUAGAUAUAAAUUAUAUAUUAACGGAAUGCGAUGAUUGACUGAAGAAAUAACGAGUUCAUAAAGAAUUGUUAUACAUAUGUAUAAAUGAAUAAUAUAUCAUCGUAAUAUUAUCAUCCAUACGAUUUUGUAAAUAAUAUUUUGAAUCGUUGAACAAAACUACGGCUCAAAUACGACGGAAAUUUUAAUUAUAAAUAAUCAUUGAUUGACGAUAUAGAUAUAGCGUUAGACCCCCACGUAUAUAAUAAUCAACGUUUGAAUGUGAAAUUUCUCGGUAUGAUGUAUAAUCAAAGUCAAACUUCCCUUGUUAUUUGUUAGAUAAUCUUAUUUGGUACAGCACCUCAUCCGUAUAUAUUAUAUAUUAAACACAACCGUCGAUCAAACACUUAAACUCUUGCAGCUUAGUGAUCCGGAUUCUUGAAACAAACACCUGGAAUUCAAGAUCCGAUCGUAUGAAAGAUAAAUUGAAAAUUUUUAAUAACUGAUCCAUACAAUUUGUUUUACCUGUAUUACUUUUUUUAUUUGGAAUACCGUUUCCAACGUUGAAUCGUUAAAUUUGUCAAUAUCGGAAUUUAUCCGUGUGUAUAAUAUUGGCUAUGCCAUUGUGUCUAUCAAUGAUUCUGAUGUUUCGAUCUGCCAAGUUUCUUUUCCUUUCCUUUUUUUUCAAUAAUAAAAAACGUAAAUGAUGUCACAA